CUCCACCACAGAAGAAGGAGGAGGACAGGAAGUGGAAAGGUGAUCGGCAGCGUGUGAUCAGAUGGAAGGUCAGUCAGGUGACAUCACGGUGACCCCAGCAAACAGGAAGUGCUCCGCUGUCACAGGAAGUGCCCGAAAGGUCAAAGACAACGCCGCCGACUGGCACAACCUGAUGAUGAGGUGGGAGAAACUCAACGAGGACGGAUUCAGCGUGGCGGGAAACAUCGCCAACCUGAGGCGGACACGGUCUCAGAGCGAUCGGCUUCUGCUGGACGACGAGUCUUCAUCAUCCUCCUCCUCCUCGUCUUCAUCAGCUCCGUGGCAGCAGGCGGGCGAAGCUGCGGCGCUGCAAGACGAAUGCCGCAAACUGCAAGACGUCAUCGACAAAAUGGUUGUCGUGGUGACGAAGAUGGAGCGCUUGAUGACAUCACAGCGUGGCGUUCAGGAUCUGGAGGAGUUUCAGUUCGGACCUGAAGGAAGAAAGUUUCCUCUGUUUCACAGCUGGAGCAGCAAACACUUCGAGGACUCGUCUCGUUUCCUGCUGCGGUGCUUCAGUCGGGAGCUGAAGCUGAAGCAGUUGAUCCUGCAGGAACUCGCCCACGCCGCGACCUCCGACCUCUGCAUGGUCUACCUGUCCUGCUGGCUGCACCAGCCCUUCGUCCCCCCCCAGGCCAGACUGACCCUGGAGGCCCUGCUGCUGGAGACCGGCCACCGCACGCUGUGAUGUCAUACGGACAGGAGUUAGCUUAGCUUAGCUCGGACCGCAGGGGAGCUGGUGAGCAGCUGCGGAAACGGCAGCAGGCGGAUCCACUUCCUGAGGCUGCGGGCGAACUGCGACUCUUUGAUACGAGGGGAUCGCCCGUUUCCUGUCACCUGUGGUCCUCAGGUGUGUUUCUGUCGGAGCAGCGCCAGUCUCCAGAUUCACUCUGAAUGUUUUUGUUAACUGACAUUUGUUGCUGUAACAGUAAAGAUAGUUUCUGAAGAACAAAGUGUCACCGUGUCCAUCAAACUGCUCGCCGCUCUGCCGUAGCUGCACGCCGUGCCGGAAGGUUACUUUGGAAAUGUAAUGGAUGAUUACAAGUGAUUUAAAAUGCAGAGUGAUGUAACUUAUUACAUUUAAUUACUUUUUACAGGAGUGACACGCCUGAUGACAUCAUCACACAGAGGUCAGAGCUGAUCAGUUUAUUGGAGGAACAUGAAAUGUGUGUAAUCAACAUGACAAACCAGUAAAGGUGGAUCUCCUCCCAGCGCUCCGCAGUCCGUCCUCACAUCGUUACAAACUUUACGUCUGGAAAAUGUUUCGCCGUGAAGUUUUAUAAAAAGUAAUAAAAUAGUGCAACUUUUUUUAAA